CGCUGAAUGCAUAGCCCGUGUUAAGCAUCUGACAAAUGAGGAUUGAGGAAGAAUCUCGGAAAGAGUGUUUUCGUAGGCUAGUUUAGGGACCCACCCUCGCACGUCAACAGUCAAUCAGUGUAGCGCAGCUUAGCGUACUCUUCCUGUCUCCUGUCUCAGAGUUGAAGGUGGGCUACAUAUUUCAAACAAGACCCCUGCCAUGAGUUACCCCGGAUACCCCCCACAGUCUGGUGGCUACCCCCCACAGCAAGGAGGCUACCCACCACAGCCCGGAGCUUACCCACCCCAGGCAGGGGGCUACCCUCCUCAGGCUGGAGGUUACCCACCCCAGCCCGGUGCCUAUCCACCCCAGGCAGGGGGCUAUCCACCCCAGGCAGGGGGCUAUCCUCCUCAGGCCGGUGGCUACCCACCCCAGGCUGGGGGUUAUCCGCCCGCUGCAGGAGGUUACCCACCCCAGGCUGGUGGAUAUCCACCCCAGCCAGGCGGUUACCCUCCCCAGCAGGGUGGCUAUCCCUCCGUGCCUCCUGCCGCAGGUGGUUGGGGUGGUGCACCUGGAUAUGGAGCACCAGGAGGAGCCACGCCAGGCCAGGGAUACCCAGGAGGCCCUGCCCCAGGACAGCAGCCCAUGCCAGGCUACCCAGGAGGGUCUGCACCUGCGCCCAAUCCCUCCAUGCCAGGCUAUGGAGGGGGUGCCCCGUCUGGUCCAUCUACCCCAGCUGUGCCCGCCAUAAGUAAAGGAUACCGGGGCUCUCUCAAGGACUUCCCAGGGGCAGAUCCACUGAGAGAUGUUGAAGUUCUCAGGAAAGCCAUGAAAGGAUUCGGCACUGAUGAGAAUGCCAUCAUUGAACUUCUUGGAAGUCGUACCGUCAAGCAGCGGGUACCAUUGGUGGCAGCUUACAAAACCACUUACGGGAAAGACCUCAUGCAUGACUUGAAGUCUGAGCUCACUGGAAACUUUGAGAACCUGGUGAUGGCCAUGGUGAUGUCCCCAACCAAGUUUGAUGCGGCUGAGCUGAGAGAAGCAAUUAAGGGAGCUGGAACUGAUGAAGCAUGUCUUAUUGAGAUCCUGUCGUCCCGCAACAAUGCAGAGAUCCAAGCGAUCAACCAGCUCUAUAAAACAGAGUAUGGCAAGUCCCUGGAGGAUGCUAUCGCCAGUGACACCUCAGGACAUUUCCGCAGACUCCUGAUCUCCCUCUCUCAGGGUAACCGUGAUGAGAGAGAAAAUGUGGACAUCUCUCUGGCAAAGCAGGAUGCCCAGAAACUGUAUUCGGCUGGAGAGAACAAAGUGGGAACCGAUGAGUCUCAGUUCAAUGCCGUCCUGUGUGCCCGCAGCAAGCCUCACCUGAGAGCAGUCUUCCAUGAGUACCAGCAGAUGUGUGGGCGAGAGAUUGAGAAGAGCAUAUGCAGAGAGAUGUCUGGGAAUCUGGAGGAUGGCAUGGUCGCUGUGGUGAAGUGCAUCAAGAACACUGCUGGUUAUUUUGCUGAGAGGCUCCACAAAGCCAUGGCGGGGGCAGGCACCAAGGACCGCACUCUGAUCCGGAUCAUGGUGACUCGCUCCGAGGUGGACAUGCUGGACAUCCGACAGGAGUACAUGCGUCAGUAUGGGAAGUCCCUCUACAAUGCCAUCUCUGGUGACACCUCUGGUGACUACAAGAAGCUUCUGCUGAAGCUCUGUGGAGGAAGUGACUAAAGGACUGACGGGAGACUGCUGACACAAUUGGACAGGGUGGCAAUCUGUAUAAUCAACCAAGCAUCAUUUUAGUAUCAUGCAAUACUAUACAUACCGUAUAUGUGUUUUGUGUUAUUAAUAGCCAACAUUUCAUGCAUACGCACAUGUCGCGUCAUUUAGAUGUCUUUCUUUUUUACAUUUUAGGUUUUUUUUACGUUAAAUUAUUUCAAUUGGUUUCCAGAAAAUGUAAGAAAUUUACAAUUUUAACAUAUUUUGUUUAUUUUUUAUAGAAGAAUUAUCAGAUCUUGUGGUGUGUCAAACUAGUAUUUUUUUUUCAGAAAUGAUUUUAUACUAGAAUUUAACUUCGCCCUGCAGCUGAUAGCCAAAUACUUCCAAGUAGUAUCUUUCUCAUUUUUCCAUUGAAUUUCACAUUUCCAAUACUUGGAUGCUACUUGUCACUUGAAUGUACAACCUGAUCACUAUUUAAGUGGACUGAUAUACUUUAUGUGCGUCAUAGUGCUGAUUAAUGUGUCUGCUCUUAUAUGAAGUUUAUUGUCUUGUCAUGUCAUCUCGUGUUAACAUAGGAAAACACAGCUUUGGGUAAAAAUAUUCUCUCUUUUUUCCAAUUCAAAAUGUAAACUAUAGUCCUCUUAUUUUCAGUUUGAGAAUGGUAGAAUAAGCUUUGCUGAGUGAAAUUUGUAUUAACCCCUUGAAUAUUUAAAUUACAAUAUGAAGUAAUCAUGUAGCCUAGAAUGAAAUGCAGUUAACAUGAAGGGUUGCACUGGGUUUCACAGUGGCAUCAAAUGUGAUUCAGCCCAUAAUAAUCAAAGACCAGAACUAUCUGUUUUAGAGCGUAUAGAGCAGGGAUAGUGUUUUCUUUGUGUGUGCACUAUUAACAAAUCAUUAUGUUAUGAUAUAGUUUAUGGUUCAUAUCAGAAAUGUAUUCUUAACAUGGUGUGUGCACCCAGCUUUAAGUAAGAUAUAUAUUGCCUUACAGUGUCUAAAAAUGUUUAAAUGUACACAUAUCAUAUAUAUCAGCCUGCCAUGUAUGUUUCUUUGCCAUUACUUACAUUACUCUCAUCUCCAUUGCCUGACCUAGAAAAGCAGCUCUUUUUUCAUGUCAAGUAUAGGGUGCAUACAUUACGUGUCAUAUCCUGCUACCAUGCCUUCAUGCUGACUCACUGUAUACUUCAUUAAAUACAUGUUGUGUGUUCUAAUGCUGAGCUAACCUGUGCCUUGUUUUCUGCUAAUGCUAGCGUAUGCCCAUGUAAUUAGCAGUGCCUUCUAUAACAGUAACUUGAAAAUUAACAACUAGCAUGCAUUCUUAACGCAUGUUGGGUAGAGUUUAGUCUCAUGUAAUCAAAGUGAGAGUCAAAUAAAGUUUUCAGACAAUUUAAUGUC